AUGGACGGACAUUUGCACUUGCUUGACCUUGACUUCAAAGGCGUGGAGGCUUUUGCGAGUGCAAGUAUGAAUAAGUACCCGGCGAGAAAGAAGCAAUAUGUGAGGAAAAGAAGAUCUGGGCUGGUCCGGGCUGAGCUAGGCCGUUAUUGCGAUGGCCAACCCCAACCUGAUGUGGAAGGGAAUAAAACACAAUCGAAGAAGCCGGUUGUGCCUCAUCUCCCCUUGACCUGGCGACCCUCUGGCUUCCUGGGUACCCACGCCGGGCAUAUCUUCUGCUCAAGGCAAGAGACAUGGACGAUGAAGAUGCGUUCUGUACGACCAGUGGGGUUUGAAUGGAACCGGAAGAACAAUGUAGAAGAGAGGAGCCGAUGCAGUGGUGGGACUGGGAGGGGGGUUGCAAUGGCUCUGAUUGUCUCUCGAAUGCGCUUCUUGGUGGGUAGCAAGUUGUGGCAAGCUGCGAGGGAUGAGAACGACAAACGCAGCAACCCAGAGCGCAAACUAGACAACGCGGAGCUAGAAUGGAGAGGAAGCCAGCGGCUCUACAAGGGAGCUACUGAUACGUGCUAUGUGCCCAUUCAAUUUGAUCGCCCGCGAUGCACACUCCAGCUUCUCGCAGCACGCAUGGCGCGAUUUGGGUCUGCUGAAGUUGCGAAGUCGUACGCUUCCAUGCAGAUUCAGCAGGGUACGCGUGGUGAGGUCGACAUUGGGCGAACAUGGACCACCAAAGCUACCUCACUCGGCGUCGGGAAGGCACUUCAGCAAUCCAAUGCGGUGGGGAAUGGGUGUGCGAUCAGAGACAUGAUCGAUCCCACCUCGAUGCGCAGUGGGAAAAACACGUUUUGUGGCGAGCGCCUCCGCUGCUUGUUGAAACAUCCGCAGACGAGGCAGGCGCAGAGUGAGAGAGCGGGCAUCAAAAUGCGACGGGGUUGGGUGCACGAACAAUUGGAAGCUCUUACGGCCAUCGUGUAG